AUGUCGAUGCUUAGUUACUGGACCAUUGCAGCAUUGGUACUGGGCCUCGCGGCCUUUGCACCGGGCAUUAUGGGUAUAUUUGGGCUGGGAGGAAAUAAGUUCUUGGUGAAAGGGAAGACAGUUCUCUUGACCGGCGCCUCGGAAGGAAUGGGAAAGAGUGUUGCGAUUCAAUUGGCAAAAAAGGGGGCAAGUGUGAUAAUUGUUGCGAGAAACGUUGAAAAAUUGGAGAAGGCUAUGGUGGAAAUUAAGGCCGCAGCUCUCUCCCCGCCAACGCAAUCUUUCCAUUAUAUUUCCGCCGACGUCUCUAUUCCCACUGAAGCCGCACGCAUUCUCGAAGAAGCCACUAAAUUCAAUUCUUCUAGCCCUCCUGACAUUGUUUGGCACUUCUACCCCCGGCUUCUUCCUCGAUACGACUCCCCAGAAACUUCGCACACAAAUGGACAUAAACUAUUGGUCUUGUGCAGACAUGGCUCAUUGCGUUUUGAAAUCCUGGCUCUCCACCCCAACGCCGAAAAGAAAGACCGACAUUUGAUCUUCACCAGUAGCGUUUUGGCUUUCUAUUCCGUCGUGGGUUAUACACCAUAUUCACCGACCAAGGCUGCGAUCAAAAGUUUGAGCGAUACUUUAUAUCAAGAAGUUCUACUGUAUCCUAAUCCUCCACAAAUUCACACAAUUUUCCCAGGUACAAUAGCUAGCCCGGGAUUGGAGAUCGAGAAUCAAGGUAAACCGGAAAUCACACAUUUAUUGGAGGAAACGGAUCCGAUACAGACACCAGAUGAAGUCGCGAGAAAUGCGAUUAGGGGCUUGGAAAGAGGAGAAUAUCUGAUUACGGUGGGUUGGCUGGGAAGUAUGAUGAGAGCUUGCGCAUGGGGAGGUAGUAGGAGAGGGAAUUGGGUGUUGGAUACGUUGGUUACAUGGGGGACGAGUGUGGUUUGGGGGUUUGUCGGGAUGGAUUUGGAUGGUAAAGUUAGGAGGUGGGGGGAGGCGAAAGGGUUUAAAAGGAAUUGA